AUGAAUUUAGAUUCUCUAUCGAAAAUUAUAAAAAAUAAAAUACAAAAUGUUUUAUAUCCGACUUCAAAAGCAUUGUUAAGCUCAGAUGACCCAUCAAAAAGAGCUGAAACAUGUUAUGAUUUAUCACAAAAGAUAGAAGAGUUUGAAUUGGUUUGUGAUGAACUUUAUGGUAUAAUUGAAAUCCAUAAACAAAAUGUAAUAUUUUCAAAUAUAAACAAUGGUACUCAUAUAAGUAAAGAGAAUAAUCCAGAGGUUUUAUUCAACUCAUUAGUAUCAAGAUUAUCAACCCUUAGACAAACAAAAUCAACAAUGGAUUCAUUUGCAAAAGAAAUUUCAAUUGUUCAACCUAUUGAUAAUAAAGCUAAUACUAAUAAUAAUAAUAAUAAUAAUAAUAAUAAUAAUAAUAAUAAUAAUAAUAAUAAUAAUAAUAAUAAUAAUACUAAUACAAAUACCAAUAAUACCAAUAAUACUAAUAAUACUACUAAUACAAAUAAUACCAAUAAUAAUAAUAAUAAUAAUUAUAAUAAUAAUAAUAAUAAUAAUAAUAAUAAUAAUAAUAAUAAUAAUAAUAAUAAUAAUAAUAAUAAUAAUAAUAGUAUUAAUAAUAGUAUUAAUAAUAAUAGUAAUAAUAAAGUUGGUAGUAAUGAUAACCCAUCCACUGCACCAAUAACAGAAAAUAAUACAGAAAAUAAUGCAGGGAAUACAAAUAAUACAAAUAAUAAUAAUAAUAAUAAUAAUAAUAAUAAUAAUAAUAAUAAUAAUAAUAAUAAUAAUAAUAAUAAUAACACAAAUCAAGUUGCAGAAAGUUCAAAUAUAAGUUCAAAUACCACCCCACCAGAAACUACAAAUAUUGUAAAUGAUCCUAAUAGUGUUAGUGGAGGAAAUCUUACAAAUACUGAAGCACCAAUGGAAAUAUCUGAUAAUAGUGAAAUCCAACAUCCACAACAGGAACAACAACAACAACAACAACAACAACAACAACAACAACAACAACAACAACAACAACAACAACAACCACAGGAGCAAAUACCGCAACAACAACAACCACAACUACCAAUGCAGCAAGAACAAAUACAACAAUUACCACAACAGCAAACUCCACCAUCACAACAACAACCUCAACAAACACCACCCCUACCUCAACAAUUCCAACAACCACUUGUUAAUGUUAACCAAAUAACUUCACCAACAUUAGAAAAUCAAUCCAUUAGUGGUAAUAAUAAUAAUAAUAAUGACGGUCAAACCAUAUCACCUCAACAACAACAAGAACAACUACAACUUCAAAUGCAACAACUACAACAAUUACAAAUGCAACAACAACAAAUGAAUUUUAAUCCAACAGAGCCAAUCAAUACAAAUUUUUAUAAUAUUGACCUACAACAACCAAUACAACAACAAACUUUAAAUAACAACAACAACAACAUCAAUAGUUUAGAAAAUCAAAUCAACACAAAUUUGGGUGGAAAUACUUUCAACACAGGUACAACUCCACCACUUCAACAACAACCACAACCACAACAACAACAACAAAUAAAUAAUCCUGAAAUAAAUCAAAUCGAUGACGAUAAUACUAUGAAAGAGACCAUCGAUGUUGAUAAAAUAAUUGAAGAGUCAAAUAAUGUAAAUAAUAAUGUAAAUAAUCGUCAAGUAAUUGAUUUGGAAUAA